UCUAAGGAACCAUGCAGCUUCCAUCUCCAGGAUGGGUGUUGUGCUACUUAAAGUGCAAUCCCAACUCUACUUACAUGGGAGUAAGCCCCACUAAAUUCAACAGGACGUACUUCUGAGUAGCCAUCGCCCUUAAAAAACAAUAGGCUGCCUCCAUGAAUGACUUAGUGGCGCGUGAUUGGAAGAGGAGACAUCGUGAGAGCUAAGACAGAGCGCGCCGCAAGACCUGCCGGGAAAUGUAGUUCAGGGAGCCUGGAGGCGGGAUGGGAGCUGCAAUACCGGAAGCUAAUAGGCAGCCGGGAAGCAUCUUGGGCGAGUGCUGCUCCUUCCCAGGACUCUGUUAUGGAUAAGUUUGUUAUACGAAAACCCAGAACUGAAGGACACCCUAAGGAGAAAGAUCCUGGAGAAAAGAUUUACAAGCAAACUACUAUAGAAUCUCUGAAGAGAGUUGUGGUUAUAGAAGAUAUAAAAAGAUGGAAAUCUAUGCUAGAGCUUUCAGGUCAGUCUAAGGAGAAUCUAAUUGAAGCCUUAAUGGAAUUAAAGAAGAAAAUACCCUCCAAAGAAGUUUUACUUUCAACAAAAAUAGGUCAUACAGUGAACAAGAUGCGCAAGCAUUCGGAUCAGGAUGUGGCCGCUCUUGCCAAAGAAGUGUAUACUGAGUGGAGAACAUUCAUCAAAGACCAUUCAAAUAGGCCCUCAAUAGAAGUGAGGAGUAAUCCCAGGACAGAGAAGCUUAGGCAGAAUGCACGGAAGCUACUUGCUGAAGCUCUAGAGCUGGAGAUUGGUCACCCGCUGGUGGAAAAUAUUGAGCGAGAAGUUUUUCAUCUCUCAUCCCGUCUCAUUAGCGCGCCCUACCGCAGGACUGUGCGAGCCCUCGUAUUCGCUUUAAAGCACAAGCCUGAGACGCGGACACAAGUGCAAAGUGGUGUGCUGUCACCUAGCGUGCUUGUGCAAAGCUACAAAAAGUGACUCAAAGGCCUUUUGCAGAAGGGGUGCAGUGGUGGGGAUAGGCAUAACUGUAUUAUGAAAUAAUGGAAGGAAUCACUUCUGUUUCUUUGAAUAUUAGUGAAUACAUUAACCACAUAAUUGUUCAGUA